AUGGACCGAACGUUAUCCUUCAAACCUCACUGCAAUAUGGUUAAGAAAGCAUGCGAAUCUCGGUUACGGAUUUUACAGAUGAUCGGUGCAAAACUUCCACGUGGCAAUCAGACUUCUCUGCUGCAAGUUGGGUCAGCCAUAGUUACUGCGAAGCUGCUCUACGGGAUUGGACUUGUUAGUCGAGGAGGGCCAGCAACCUUGCAGACUUUCGCUCCUGCCUACAACAAAAUGGUUCGUUUCGCUUCCGGAGCAUUCGUGACGAGCCCGAUUAACUCGGUGAUGGCCGAAGCUGGGACUCUACCCUUCGAACUGCUAGCAGCACAGACCACAGUACACAUUGCCAUCCGAAUGAUCACAAAGAAUCCAAACAGCAGCACCCUACCUCUGAUUACACGCGCUUCAAAUCGCCUCCAAGAAUUAACCGGUUCAACGCUUCCUGCUGUCGGUUCACUCGUGAGGCAGAGCAAUCGCUUGUGGCACGCCCGAAAACCGACGAUAGUGUGGGAUGUGAAAAGAAGCAUACGCGCUGGAGACCCACCAGAGAAAGUUCGUCCAGUUGUUCGACAAUUACUGGAGACCCGCUUCCAUAGUUCAACCAUCGUCUACACGGACGGCUCCAAGUGUGAAGACACGGUAGGAGCUGCAUUCUUCUACGAAGGGCUAUCUAGGACCUACAGUCUUCCGAACGAAUGUAGUGUUUUCUCUGCGGAGGCCUACGCUAUUAAAAUGGCCGCCACCAUCCCUAAUGUUCAAAAUGAGUUGGUUAUUCUCACGGACUCCGCAAGCUUCCUACUGGCUUUGGAGGCUGGAACUUCCCGGCACCCUUGGGUGCAGGAAGUAGAGAGAAUCGUGCAAAGCAAAAUCAUCCGUUUCUGCUGGAUCCCUGGACACGCCGGCAUCAGGGGAAACUCUGAAGCUGACCGACUAGCCAAUGAGGCUAGAAGACAACCAGCCAUCGACGUACCGAUUCCAAGCGAGGAUGCGAUAAAAGCGGUGAAACAUGCGAUACGUGGUCAGUGGAAUAGGCAGUGGUUUAGCACAACAGAAUCGAAGCUGAGGGAGGUGAAAUUCGAAACGCACAGAUGGACAGAACGAGGAAGUUCAGCCGACCAGCAUAUGCUUACACGUCUGAGAAUCGGCCAUACGCGACUAACCUACACGUUUCUUCUGAAGAAGGAAGCCCCACCGGUGUGUGAAUGUUGUGGCACGGUGUUGGAUGUAAAGCACAUCAUUCUUGAGUGCAGGAAAUACGACGAAGAGAGAAGGAAAAAUGACAUCAGCACCAGUCUACGUGAAGCUCUGGACAACACGGAAGAAAGAACAACACGAAUGCUUAAUUUCCUACAUGAAACGGAUUUGUACAAAAAACUCUAG